AUGAAGUACAUCCACUCUGAGGAAGAGCUCGAGAUCCCCGAGGGCGUCAAGGUCCAGAUCAAGAACAGAAAUGUUCUCGUUGAGGGUGACCUCUACGAUCCUCGAACCGAUUCUUACACUCCACAGGGCAAGCUCACAAAGUCUCUCGGUCACUUGGCGGUCAGCUUCACGCACCCCAAGAAGAACCUCAUCAAGAUCGAGCUCCACCACGGUUCCCGCAAGAGCGUCGCCACCCUCCGCACUGUCCGCACCCUGAUUAACAACUUGAUCAUCGGUGUCACCAAGGGUUACAAGUACAAGAUGCGUUACGUAUAUGCCCAUUUCCCCAUCAACGUCAACCUGGACAAGAACAAGGAGACCGACUGCUGGGAGGUUGAGAUCAGGAACUUCAUCGGCGAGAAGCUCGUACGAAGGGUCGUCAUGAGGCCCGGUGUUGAGGUUGAGGCAUCAAAGAACCAGAAGGAUCAGCUCGAGCUGUCCGGAAACUCGCUCGAGGACGUCUCCCAAGGUGCCGCCGAUAUCCAGCAAAUCUGCAAGGUCCGCAACAAGGAUAUCCGAAAGUUCUUGGACGGUCUGUACGUGUCGGAGCGCGGCAACAUCGUUGAGGACGCGUAA